UUGUGAAGCUGAAUAAAAACUUGCGUCCCCUUCCUCCCCCUUGCGGAGCGUCCUGUCACUGGAGGAAAAUGGCUGCCCGGGGUUGCUCCUCCAAGCUCAGAGAAAAGUGAGGAAAAGAGAGAGCGAGGGACAGGCUGGACUUUAUCAACGGCGAGGGGGUCACGUCUGGACCUUUUGCUCGCGGGCGACGCGCAGGAAGCCUCGACGCGGAGGAUGUCUCGCUGGGUGCCCACGAAGAAGGAGAAGUACGGUGUCGCAAUCUAUAACUACGAUGCCCGGGGAGAGGAGGAGCUGUCGCUGCAGAUUGGAGACACAGUGCACAUACUUGAGACGUAUGAAGACUGGUACAGAGGGCAUCGGCUGAGGAGGAAGUCCAAAAAGGGCGUAUUUCCUGCUUGCUAUAUACACCUGAAAGAGGCCACCAUCGAGGGCAGCGGGCAAAAGGAGACGGUCAUUCCCACUGAGCUGCCCCUGGUGCAGGAGGUUACCACCACGCUGCGGGAGUGGGCCACAAUAUGGAGGGAUUUAUACGUGGGGGACAAGCGUGAGAUGUUCAACUCUGUCCGCGACAUGAUCUACGACCUCAUCGAAUGGCGUUCCCAAAUCCUGUCUGGCACCCUCCCACAGGACGAGCUCACAGAGCUCAAACAGAGAGUGACCUCCAAGAUAGACUACGGCAACAAGUACCUGGAUCUGGACCUGGUGGUAAGAGACCAAGAUGGAAACAUAUUGGACCCAGAGAUCACCAGCACCGUCAGCCUGUUCAGAGCUCACGAGGCGGCCUCCAAACAAAUCGAGGACCGGAUCCAAGAGGAGAAGGUAAAGAUGUCUCAGAAGCAGAAUAUCGAUCUGACCAGGCAAGCGAAGUUUGCCAACACUCCGUCGUUUGCCCUCUUUGUGACUCUGAAGAAUGUUGUGUGUAAGAUCGGGGAGGAUGCAGAGGUGCUCAUGUCGCUCUACGACCCGGUGGAGUCCAAGUUCAUCAGUGAAAACUACCUGGUGAAAUGGUCAAGUUCAGGUCUGGUGAAAGACAUAGACCAGCUCCACAACCUGCGAGCGGUCUUCACAGAUUUAGGCAGCGAGGAUCUUAAGAGGGAGAAGAUCAGCUUCGUGUGUCAGAUUGUCCGAGUGGGACGCAUGGAGCUACGAGACAACAACACCAAGAAGCUGACGGCAGGACUGAGGAGACCCUUCGGAGUGGCAGUAAUGGAUGUCACUGACAUCAUAACAGGCAAAAUGGACGACGAGGACAAGCAGCACUUCAUCCCGUUUCAGCCGGUGGCGGGGGAGAACGACUUCCUCCAGACCGUCAUCAACAAAGUUAUCGCCGCCAAGGAGGUCAAUCACAAGGGCCAAGGCCUGUGGGUGACUCUGAAGCUGCUCCCGGGAGACAUCCAUCAGAUAAGGAAGGACUUCCCUCACCUGGUGGAUCGAUCGACCGCAGUGGCUCGCAAGAUGGGCUUUCCUGAGAUCAUCAUGCCAGGUGAUGUGCGAAAUGACAUCUACGUGACUCUGGUUCAAGGCGACUUUGACAAGGGAAGCAAGACAGCUCACAAAAACGUGGAGGUGACCAUGUCUGUCUACGACGAGGACGGCAAAAAACUGGAGAGCGUGAUCUUCCCCGGAGCUGGAGAUGAAGGCAUCAAUGAAUACAAGUCCGUCAUCUACUACCAAGUGAAACAACCACGUUGGUUUGAAACAAUAAAGGUUGCCAUUCCCAUUGAAGACGUGAACCGGAGCCACUUGCGGUUCACCUUCCGCCACCGCUCAUCACAGGACUCAAAAGACAAAUCAGAGAAGAUAUUUGCUUUGUCUUUCGUGAAGCUGAUGAGGUACGAUGGGACGACGCUGCGGGACGGUGAGCACGAUUUCAUCGUGUACAAGGCAGAGGCGAAGAAGAUGGAAGACUCGUCUCUGUACCUGAACCUACCUGCCACCAAGCUGGAGAUGGAGGAGAAGGGCUACUCCACCACCGGUAAAAACACCCACAACCUGGGCAACUGCACCAUCAGCAAGGACUCCUUCCAGAUCGCCACACUGGUCUGCUCCACCAAGCUUACGCAGAACGUGGACCUCCUCGGCCUGCUGAAGUGGCGCUCCAACACCAGCCUGCUGCAGCAGAACCUCCGUCAGCUGAUGAAGGUGGAAGGUGGCGAAGUCGUCAAGUUUCUGCAAGACACUCUGGACGCUCUCUUCAACAUCAUGAUGGAAAACUCCGACAGUGACACUUUCGACACUUUGGUGUUCGACGCCUUGGUGUUCAUAAUUGGGCUCAUAGCCGACAGGAAGUUCCAGCACUUUAACCCCGUCCUGGAGACCUACAUCCGGAAGCAUUUCAGUGCCACACUGGCGUACACGAAGCUGACCAAAGUUCUGAAGAACUAUGUGGACAACGCUGAGAAGCUGACGGAGCAGCUGCUGAAGGCCAUGAAGGCUCUGGAGUAUAUCUUCAAGUUCAUUGUCCGCUCCAGAGUCCUCUUCAACCAGCUCUACGAGAACAAAGGGGAGGCCGACUUCAUGGAGUCCUUGAGGAACCUUUUCACAUCCUUUAAUGAAAUGAUGAACAGCAAUUCAGAAAACACUGGCAUGGUGAAGGGGGCUGCGCUCAAAUACGUUCCCACGAUUGUCAAUGACGUCAAGCUGGUCUUCGAUCCCAAGGAACUGAGCAAGCUUUUCACAGAGUUCAUCCUAAAGGUUCCUCUGGGUCGCCUGGUGAAGCAGAAGCUUGAGUGUCUGAUCGACAUUGUUCACAGUGAUCUUUUCGCUCAUCACGAUUGCCGAGAGAUCCUCUUGCCGCUGAUGACGGAGCAGCUGAAGUUCCACCUGGAGAAGCGGGAGGAACCGAAGGCUUGCUGCCAGCUGCUCAGUGACAUCCUGGAGGUGCUCUACAGGAAGGAUGUGGGUCCAACCCAGUGGCACGUGCAGAUCAUCAUGGAGAAGCUGCUCCGAACAGUUAACAGGACAGUUAUCACCAUGGGCCGCGACUCCCCUCACAUUGGGAGCUUUGUGGCCAGCAUGACGGCCACGUUGAGGCAGAUGGACGACUAUCAUUACACUCAUCUGAUCAACACCUUUGGCAAGAUAAGGAGUGAUGUAGUGGACUUCCUAAUGGAAACAUUUAUCAUGUUUAAAGAUCUCAUCGGGAAAAAUGUCUACCCCUCCGACUGGGUCAUAAUGAACAUGAUGCAAAAUAAAGUGUUCUUGAGGGCCAUUAAUCAGUACGCAGCGGUGCUGAACAAGAAGUUCCUGGAUCAAACCAACUUCGAGCUACAGCUGUGGAACAACUACUUUCACCUGGCGGUGGCCUUCCUCACUCAGGAGUCACUGCAGCUGGAGAACUUCUCAAGCGACAAAAGGUCCAAGAUCUUUCACAAGUACCAGGACAUGAGGAGACAAAUUGGCUUUGAGAUCCGGGACAUGUGGUACAAUCUAGGGCCCCACAAGAAAAGAUUCAUCCCAGAGAUGGUGGGUCCUAUCCUGGAGAUGACGCUUGUUCCCGAGAUCGAGCUGCGAAAGGCCACCAUCCCCAUCUUCUUCGACAUGAUGCAGUGCGAGUUCCACUUCACGUGCAGCUUCCAGCGGUUUGAGAACGAGAUCAUCACCAAGCUGGAUCACGAGGUGGAGGGGGGCCGCGGAGACGAGCAGUACAAAGUCCUCUUUCAGAAAAUUUUACUGGAGCACUGCAGGAAGCACAAGUACUUGGCCAAGACCGGGGAGAACUUCGUCACGCUGGUGGUUCGUCUGCUGGAGAGGCUGCUGGACUACAGGACCAUCAUGCACGAUGAGAACAAGGAGAACCGCAUGAGCUGCACUGUCAACGUGCUCAACUUCUACAAGGAGAUAGACAGAGAGGAAAUGUACAUCAGGUACCUCUACAAGCUGUGUGACCUCCACAAAGAGUGUGACAACUACACGGAGGCUGCCUACACUCUGCUGCUACACGCCAAACUGCUCAAGUGGUCGGACGAGCAGUGCGCAGCCCACCUGACCCAGAGAGACGGCUACCAGGCCGCCACUCAAGGCCAGCUCAAGGAUCAGCUCUACCAGCAGAUUAUAAAUUACUUCGACAAGGGCAAGAUGUGGGAGGAGGCCAUAAUCCUGGGAAAGGAACUGGCUGAACAGUACGAGAACGAAAUGUUUGACUUUGAGCAGCUCAGCGCAUCCUUGAGGAAGCAGGCCCAGUUCUAUGAGAACAUCGUGAAGGUCAUCCGGCCCAAACCAGACUACUUCGCUGUGGGCUACUACGGCCUGGGGUUCCCCUCCUUCCUACGCAAUAAGAUGUUCAUGUACCGCGGGAAGGAGUACGAGCGCAGAGAGGAUUUCGAGGCACGUCUCCUCACGCAGUUUCCCAACGCGGAGAAGAUGAAGAUCACCACGCCGCCCAGCGAGGACACCAAGAGCUCUUCGGGACAAUACAUCCAGUGUUUCACGGUGAAACCCAUCCUGGACCUGCCUGCCAAGUUCCAGAACAAGCCUGUGUCUGAACAAAUAGUGAGCUUCUACACGGUAAAUGAAGUCCAUAAAUUCCAGUAUUCCAGGCCAGUGAGGAAGGGAGAGAAGGACCCCGACAAUGAGUUUGCGAACAUGUGGAUCGAGAGGACCACAUACUCGACGGCGUACAAGCUCCCAGGCAUCCUGCGCUGGUUUGAGGUCAAGUCGGUCUCCACGGAGGAGAUCAGUCCACUGGAGAACGCCAUAGAAACGAUGCAGCUGACCAAUGAGAAGAUCAGCAGCAUGGUGCAGAGGCAUCUCACGGAUCCCAACCUUCCCAUCAACCCGCUCUCCAUGCUGCUGAAUGGGAUCGUGGACCCAGCUGUCAUGGGAGGUUUUACCAACUAUGAGAAGGCCUUCUUCAAUGACAAGUACACGCAGGAGCACCAAGACGACCUUGAGAAGAUGGAGAAACUGAAGGACCUUAUCGCCUGGCAGAUCCCGCACCUUGCUGAGGGGGUUCGCAUUCACGGAGAGAAGGUCACGGAGGCGCUGAGGCCUUUCCACGACCGCUUGGAGGCCUGCUUCAAGCAGCUGCGGGAGAAGGUGGAGAAGCAGUACGGCGUCAAGACCCUGCCGGCAGCAGACGAGCGGCGGGGGCCUCGUCCACACUCCAUGGUGCGCUCCUUCACCAUGCCCUCCUCCCAGAGACCGCUGUCGGUGGCUUCAGUCACCUCCAUUUCCUCUGACAACACUCCCUCCAGGCCGGGCUCAGACGGGUUUGCCCUGGAGCCUCUCCUGCCAAAGAAGCUGCACACCAAGUCUCAGGACAAGCUGGACCGCGACGAGCCCGACAGGGAGCGCAAAGACAAGAAGAAGGAGAAGAGGAACAGCAAGCACCAGGAGAUCUUUGACAAAGAGAUGAAGACCACGGAGAUCCAGCUGCAGCCCGCUGAGGCUGUCAUACUAUCAGAGACGAUCAGCCCCCUGCGGCCUCAGAGACCAAGGAGUCAAGUUCUCAGCCAGAUAGGUGGAGACCGCCGCCUCUCUGUGUCCCCCGGACCCCCGUCCUCCUCCUCCAACUACUCCUCCUCACCGGGACCCCCGCCCAUCACGCCCAGGAGCAAACUCUCCUUUUCACUGCACGCUGGUUCCAAUCUGGAGCUGAACGGGAUGGGCUGCUCCGACAAGGGUGAAACUCCUCCCCCGCUGCCCGUGAAAGGCAUCACAUCUGAUUACGGGAACCUGCUCGAUAAUCAAGACCUGGCGAGUCCCUCGACGCCUCCGCCGCCCCCGCCCCAUCCAAGGCACAUCCCACCUCCUCUGCCCAGCAAGACCCCUCCCCCGCCUCCUCCCAAGACCACCAGGAAGCAGGCCUCCAUCGAUUCAGGAAUUGUACAGUGAACAAAAGACGCUGACAGUAGGACCAAAACAACACACUGACGACACAACAACAACAACAACAACUACAAAAAAACUCACCAUCAACAUCAGCAGUAACCGCUCCCCCUUGAAAAGCAGUUGUGCUAUUCUUUUUUACCCACACAUUCCUCGCUCCCUGUCCCAGCUUGACAAGAUGAAUACCUCACAGUCGCCCGCCCUCUUCUUAUCAUCCUUUUUUCACUUUUCCAUUUCGCCUUCGGUUUGACGUGGACGCCGUCUGCAGCGGGGGGGAGCGUUGCACAGAGUCACUGAAUUUGUAAAACGCUGCCUCGCCACCUCCAGACUUCAUCACGACACCAGUUCAGUGUUGGGAUAGAACCAACAGCUUUCCAGUACCGGCCCACUCUCGAGUAUACAAGAUCAAAUAGCUCAUUGAAUUCCUUUUUAUCUCUUUUUAUUCAUACUCCCACUAUGUACAGAGGUUUGUAUAUAUGAUUUGAUUUUAUUUCUCCUUUUGUUUUUUUUGUCUGUGAUUGGAUCAUGACUCUUUUUUUGUAUUAACGUAUCAUUUAGAUUAAGUGGCAUUUAUAUGAAACGAAAAGAAAAAAAGGGCCUGUAGGUUUUGAAUUGACGGGGACUUGAUGGAGUUGGUAUGUGAGAACCCAUCGAGGAUUUCCAUUGGUUAAAUUUGUGGAGUGCACAUACGACUAACUCACAUCGCAUUAUCGUUGCUCGGACCUUGUCCUCGAUUGCUGUAACCUUGGAUUCCAAUAAUAUUGACUGUUCCCGGCUCACUACUGACAUCACUUCUGAAUAAACUUUCAAAUGUAUGUAUUUUAAAAAAAGAGAGAUUUUGCCUUUUUUAUAUUAUUUUUCCCUCAAAGAAAAAGAUGUUGAAAAUGGUUUCUUUGCCCAUUCCUGAAAUGGAUUUCUUCACUUCCACUCUGAGCUUCCCGUCUGCUUGAUUGACAGCCGUCGCUACCGCCACUUCAUCAUCCACACACCGGCCGUGUUGCCCCGGAACGACUUCUCUAUCGAGUAACGCAAUCUCCUUCACAUAAUGUGUCUGCUCGCCUGGUGAUCGUUGUUCAAAGCCGCGAGUGUGAAUCUGGAACCUCACAUUUGCUGGAGCGACUCAGGUGAACCUGCCGCCUUCCUCCUGCUUCACGCAAUUUUAAAAGUGGUUUUGUACAAAACUCCUCGACUUCUCAUUCUUAAAUUUUUUUUUUAAAAUCUCUAGUUUCCUCACGUUGCUGCGGCGUAUCAAAAUGUCACGCCAAUACAUUUUUUCAUUUAGUUGUUUGGAAAUUAUAGAUGAGAUGUCAUCGAAGUCUGACGUGUUUCUCUCUCCGCUUUCUCUCCCUGAUGGGUUGAUUGUUAUUUUGACUCCAAAUGAAUGAUUCCACUUUGUCAGUGUAUAAUUAUCUGUUGAGCAGCAGCUUUAAACUCAAUUACUCCUCAAUUUGUUGAGUUGCGUUUGCGUCACUUCGGGUGUCGCUGGAAUAACUUGACGAUGAGGUCGUUGUGAAUCGUUCCGGCACAGACGGACCUCGAGGCGUUCAGCUUUUAGGAAAUAAAGACUUUAUUUCAAACGACUGAUCGGUUUUAUUAAAGGAGACGCAAUAUGCUGAUUUUCAGGUUCAUAAUUUAAAUUUGUUUUUAUUACUUGAAAAGUUUUAGGUACUUUAAAAAAUCAAAAACACGUCACCUGUAGCAGCUCUUCUUCACGUUCACACACUAGAGGGAAAGUAAACCGAAAAAGUCUCUUCUAAUUGGAGGUAAAUGUUGUGACUUCCUCCGCGUGGCUUCAUUAGUCGUCCUCCUUCCCAUAUGAAGACAACUCCUGCCUUGUGUCUCAUUCCAUCGUGUGGUUUGUGAUCAUCAGUCUAACAAACAUUCUGUUUACAGCUGUUAUUUGUGCUCCAGCGGCUCAAGGCUGCUAUAAAACCCUGCUGUUGAACCUCCGUGUUUUAUAAACCCUUGUUUAAUUGCAGCCUGCACAUUUGAUAAAUCUGCGAAUGUAUUAACAGGCUGCGUUGUCCUCACCGUAAAAACCAGCUCUCCCCCCCAUUCUGCUGACACGUUCAGAUUGCGCGUGUUCACCUGAGAAAUGCAGCAUCUGUUGUUUGAGCGUUUUUUGUGUGUUUUUUUUUUAAGCAUCUUAAGAAGGUUGACCAAUCUCUCUGUCGUCCUAAUUAGGAACGAUGACUGACACGUUUCCUCUCUGUUGACGUCCGUGUUCUAUUUCCUGAGGAUUAAAACCUUGUGUAUUAGAAAUAAGAGAAAUAGUCUGAAAAGUUAUUGUAAAGAUAAGUCGAUCUGCAGCGUUUUCCAUUUCCUGUGCCGCCCGCUCCCUCUCUCUCUCUCUCGCCCGUGUGUAGAUGGUUAAACAGUGAAAUCAAUUGAAUCCCGGAGAGACCGUCGUUGUGUAAAUGUUACCACUGAUGAUUCCAUGCGCAGUGGAGGACCUCAGUUUGACCACGCGCUCUCUGUCAGGCUGAUAAAUUGCUCUGCAAGCAGAAAGAAUGGAGCAGGUAAUAUUCAAUAAAAAUGCAAGUUUUACAAU